AUGUCCUCUUUUAGUGAUGAUGAUAAGAUCAUAAUCAAACUUAUCAAUAAUUUUUUUCUGAAGGCUUGCCUACUGAUUUACAACUCAGAUCUGUGCUUGUCAUCGGGCACUGUUGGUUUGAGGGACUCGUUGAAGUUUGAUGACGAGUGGUUUGAGACACUUGAAACGGAAACGGAAGACUUCCCGGACAACAUCGCCCUCUGGACACACUUUGACGGCACUUGCAGCCUUCCACCAAUGGUCAUCGAAACGUUCCUGGACAUCAGACAGCUGCCAUCAACAUGCACUUUGCGGCUGAUGGAUACAGACGGCAACCUGUGGAACGUGUGCAAGGGGGGCAAGAAAACAGAGGUUCUCAUCGAGAGAUGGCUGAUAGAGCUGGACUCCGAAUCAGCCACGUUCAAGACGACGAGCCCGCCACAGGAUGGUGACGACGACGGCGACAAUGCAGUGUCUCUCAAUAAACAGAUCGCUCUACUGCUGCGAUACCUGCAUACUCUGAGCCAGUUGCUCCCAGCGUACACGCUCUCUAGGUCCCUGGUCAAAAACAUAGAAUCACAGAGCGCGAACGCCAGUAUUGGGGGCGAGAACAGAGCGCCGCUUUUGUCUAUCGGAUCCAGAAUACUGGACGGGUCGAAACCGAUACUGUCCAGGGGCAGAAUAGGACUGAGCAAGCCCAUUAUAAACACGUACUCCAAUGUCAUAAACGAAUCCAAUAUACCGGCACAUCUGGAACAGAAAAAGAUUACUGCGGUGUGGACAAAGUACGGACUUCUAAGGGUGUCUGUAUCGUACCGACGUGAAUGCAAAUUUGAGAUCCACGACUCGGAGGAACUCGUGGGUAAUAACGUCUACAGUAGCCACACGGCGGGAUCGCUCGCCUUGUUUGGCAAAAGAUCAGUUUCAAUAUCGCCAAGCAUCAGAGGCAGCGGCGGUCCAUCAUCAUUUGAGAACCAGCAGCAGUCGUCUCUUCCGAGGAAGUCCGUUGGCAUCACAAGACAGGUACAGCCUUUCAAAGUCGGAUCCGUCAGCAGUGCCGCAAACGAAAGAGGCAACAGCCAAGCAUCCACAAGAAACCCGUCUUUCUCGAACGUAUCCACCCAAAAUCUGACGUCAAUUGCCCGGAGGUCCUCUAUUGGAUCGAACCCGGGCGCAAUAAUAAACCUACAGGCCAACGUCUCAAAUCCAAGUCUGUUCUCGAAUAGUAACGCCUCGAAUAUAAAUAACUUGCACGGGGAAUCUGGGAGCGUGGAGAGCGGCUCCAAAUACAUAUCCUCGUUUGGGAACAUCCGCAGGCAUUCCAGUAUCUACCGCAACACUGAACACCUGAACAGCAUCGAUAGAGCACUGAGAUCCAACAGUGACGCCAACAGUACCAGUAAGAACAGGUCGAACUCGAACUCGUAUGACAAGCGUCAGACAAGUUUAAGGAAUAGUACGAAUGAUGAGGAUUUGUUGGACUUUGUCAAGAUGAUAGACCUGAAGCCAGAAAUCAAGUUCCAAAGAAAGCUCUCAGGCGGGAGUAGCACUAAUGUGAACAUCUCAAACUCGUUGCUAAAAUACCAGAACCUGAGACCUAAUAACGAUAUGCUGAGCGAAGAUCUGUCAAUGAGCUACAGUUUGGAUCCCUUGACUAAACGCAAUAGCAACUCGGGCGGCAACUUGAAUACCCCGACCACAAGAACCAGAGGCCACUCACAGACUUCAUCCAGUCCUCACUCCCAUUCGCCAUUUUUGUCUUCCUCGCCGCCUUUGCAAUAUCAAAGCAUUGCUUACAAGACUGUCGACAGUUCGUCCAACAGCAGGAGGAGUUCACUGGAGAGAAACUUGACACCACAUAACACUCGCAUCGCUUUCAUGCCACCCAUAUUUGGUGGAGAAUCCCAAUCUUACCAUGAUACAGGUGCUAGUCAUAGAACGAGCAGCGGUGGGGCUAAUAGCGACAACGGACCUUCAGCUAAAGACAGGAAAAGUGGGCACAUCAGCGAAGCUGCCGAUAUUGAUGAGGAAGAUGCACUGAUGUUGGACAGACAACAGAAGCCAGUCUCGACCUCCCCAAGAUCCACUGACUCCAUGACCGGUUCUAUAAGGAACGCGGAGCUUCCGUACAGACAAUCGAGUGUUCCUCUAUCUCAACCGGCAUUAGUGCCUGUUUCCGCACACGCAAAAUUGCAUCGACCUCAGAAUAUUCAUUCUAGAGAUAUUUUAACAACUGGAAGACACAUAAACCAUGGCACUGUCAAUCGUUCUUCUACAGAUGAUGGGGAUGAGGAUGACGACUUGAUGUUCUUCAUGAGUGACAUGAACCUAUCUUCGAAAUAA